ACUCAUUCUGCCAAUAAGCUUCCUAGAGGUUAGCCGACCUAUCAAAAAUUUCGUAAACAGUAAAGUAAUCUUUCGUUUGUGACUAGGUUUGUGAUGUAAAAGGUUCAAAAAAAUAUCUACUUCUUGAUCGAACAUCAAUGGACUGUUUCAGUUAUAAUGGCCAGUGAAUUGUCAAAUUGUCGUGUUCUUUUCAAACCCAAUGAGGACCAAGAACGCUUUUCUUCUAAUAAUUUUACUUGCUCUGACAAGUUCAUUAUUUGUGAUAUUUGGCGGGAAUCAACAAACAUCUAUUCAAACCAUAGUAUCAGAAACACACAAGCGUUUUAAUAAACUGAAACAGCUAAAGGAAAACAUAAACCAGCCUGAUGAGAAGAGAUUGCUCACAAGUGAAAAACACUUGUUUCAAUUAGGAUUCGGAAAAAAUCCUCAUCUCUAUCCUAAUUCUUUGUGGAGCAACACAUCAGUUCCUGUUGUAGUCACAUAUGUCAAGACUGCUGAACAUGGGAAGCAUGCUGUUGCAUUUCUUCGAAAUGUUCAACACUUCCUCCCCAAUACUACAGUUUUAAUCUAUAAUCUAGGUUUGGAUCAGAAUGACAUUCAGACUAUUCUAAAUUAUUGUGAAAACAGUCGGUGCAUGGUUUUACCAUUUGACUUGGAAUCAUUUCCUUCACAUGUUAAUGAGGAUGUGUCUCAUGCUUAUAGGCCUCUCAUAAUUCAGGAUGCACUUAAUAGAGUUGGUGGUGUGCUUUUCCUUGAAUGCAAUAUAAGGCUCACAAAGUCACCAAAGUCAUUCCUGAAAGUGCCUAUAAAUGAUCAGAAGGGACAUGGUAUCAUUGCCUGGGCUACAAGACAUGCCACAUCAUCUCUAACCCAUCCAAAUAUGUUUGGAUAUUUUCAAACCACCACAGAAAACUUUCUUUUUCAGUCUAUGGUAGAGGCCAAUAAGCUUCUCAUCUAUAACACUGCUGACAUUCAUAACAACAUUAUGUUACCGUGGGUGCAAUGUGCUUUAACGGAAGAUUGCAUUUUCCCGAUUGGUGCUCAAUCAAGUGGGUGCCAUUUCAACAAGAAGCCCCAGUAUAGAUAUUCAGGAUGCCAUAGAUAUGAUGCCUCAGCUUUAAACAUUGUUCUAGGUCUUCAGUUUGACUUCAAAGAUGAUCUUUACACAUAUCCCAGUAGUCAGUCUUCAGAAAAUGAAGUUCUAUUUAGAAUUGUUAGUGAGACAGAUGCCUUAAAUGAGUUUAAUGCACUGGAAGGUAAUAGCACUAUUAUUCCUGGGUUUAGGUGAAGCGCUUGUAGCAGAUGUCUAGCCAAUCACUUAUGUGUGUGCUCAUGUAUUCAAUUACUUAGAUUGCUCUUUCAAAACUUUUUAAUUCAGUAGUGUCAAGUGUGAAUCUAGUCAUGAGUGUGCCUUAAAUGCACUUUUGUGCACAAAGACUAGUAAGAGCAAAACAAAACAAUUCAGCCUUAUUCUGUAAGUUUUCCAUCUGUUUGACAAAAUAUUAUGUUAACUAGUCAGCAGGUUGUUCCUGCCCCUCAUUGCAAAAAGACUCCUGCAAAGGAAUAAUUACUGCCUAAUGUCACAUGGGAUAUUGCCACUGAUUCAAAUGUGUAUUAUUUGCUAGUCAAUAUUAUUUAAGUGGGUAUCUGUUUUCUGGACAAACUAUUGCUGCUUAACCUGAAUGAAGUCAAAGUGGCCGAGACAUUUUCUUUUUGACCAAUUAUGCCAAUUUAUAUUUUUAUAUAAUAUUUCUGAGACAUGUUUUUCUAGAAAUAAAAUUAAAAUUUAUUUAUGCACAA